CGGAAGUGUCCUUCAUCCCUCCACCAACGAGGAGUAAACAGAGCUCUAGGAUGUCUCAAGGCGCUAAGUUUUAGCUUUAAAUAUUAGGUUUGAUAAACUACUAGCGCUCAUACAGAGACACACAGGGAUAAGUAAUAUACUAAGACAUCUAUGAAAACAGCAUACCGAGCAUUUAGUGUUUUGUAACAUUUUAAAAGCAGCUAAGAGUGUACUGAAAGGGAUGUUUGUGCUACGUUAAGAUAGCAUGCUAAGCUAAGUGCUAGCCCCGGCUAACGUUAGUUUGCCUUUUGGAAUGGUAGUCAGCAGCGCGAGCUCCUCCGGACAUGGCAGCGGGCGCACGAGCCUCUUCUGGCGGCUCUUUCGAGUCCACGAUGGGGAAAAGGUUUCAGAGCGUGUCAAACACCAUGGACUCAAUACAGGGACUGUCAACGUGGUGCAUCGACAACAAGAAGUACCACAGCCUGAUUGUGCGGCACUGGAUGAAGUGUUUGAAGAAAUCCGACACCUCACAGAGGCUCAACCUUUUUUACGUCGCUAACGAUGUCAUUCAGAACUGUAAAAGGAAAAAUGCCAUCGUUUACCGUACGGCGUUCGCUGAGAUGCUCCCUGAAGCCUUCUUGCUGGUCAACACUGAAGGUGACCCAAAGGUGUUAAAAGCUGUGGAGAGGAUCCUGUCCAUCUGGGAGGAGAGGGGGGUGUAUGCAGGGACCCUCAUCACUGAGCUCAGGAGCAACUUAGUCAAAGAGGAGUCCCCUCCCGAGACCCCUGUGGAGCAAAAAACUCCAGUCGAGUCUAAAGCAGAUCUACAGUCCAAGAUUGUUGCUGAGUUUGUGCCCCAGGCUCUGUUUGACGAUCUGUCCAAGUACAAGAAGUCUCUGGAGGAGUUAGACCUGAGAGAGAAACAGCUGGCAGCGAUGAGAGUCGACAUCUGCAGUUCUGAUGCCCUCAAGAGACUCAAAGAUAAGGCAGGAGGAAAGAAAUUCUCGAAGGACUUUGAGGAAGGAAGUACGCAGCUGCAAGACUUUGUCAAGUUCUUUGACCAACAAAUCAAAGUAGGGCCUCCUCUCAUGCAGUCCCUCAGCAACGCAGAUAUCUUCUACGAGAUGCAGUACAAGGAGGUCAAGAUUGUUGCUAAUGCCUACCAGACGUUCGCCAACCGGGUGUCCCACCUGAAGCGUAAACUGGACUCCCUGAAGGCCAACCUGCCAGACAUGGACGAGUCUCCCAUCCCCUCGCCUUCCGCAGACGCUCCCUCUCCAACGGGCUCAGAGUCCCCUUUUCACGACCUGGAGAUGGCCCACCCCGAUCCAGAUCUUGACGGCUGUGCGAUGGAGGAUGAAGCCGACGCGCCGGCCCCGAGCCCGCUGUCCUCCCCGGGAGGAUCCCCAAAACAAAUGGAGACCGUCGGGCAGAGUGACAACCGUGAGGUGGAGGACAUGGAGCUCUCUGACGAAGAAAUGGACAGCGGCGGCAUUAUAGUUGAGGACCAGAUUGAAAGCCCCAUCCAACCAAAGGUGUCCUCUUUAAAAGCGGAGGCAGCAGUGGCACCAGAGCAGCCUGUCACACAGGUCCCGCCCCCUGCACUUACUCCUGCACUUACUCCUCCUGCACGUAAUCCAGCAGUUACUCCUCCAGCAGUUACUCCUCCAGCAGUUACUCCUCCUACAGUUACUCCUCCUGCAGUUACUCCUCCUGCAGCAGCUCCUCCUGUAACAGCGCCUCCUGUAGCCGCGCCUCCUGUAGCCGCGCCUCCUGUAGCCGCGGCUCUUGUAAUGCCUCGUGCAGCAGUGGAAAGUGUGGACCUGGGUAAAAUUGGCUCCAUACUCAACAGUUUGAAUGCAGUCAUGAAGAACACAGGACCAUUAGUGGAGAGUCCUCCUGCAGCCUCCCCUGCUGCCUCCUCAUUGAAGAGUCCACCAGCGGCCCCUGUGGCCCCUCAUGAAGCCAGCUCUCUGGUGAACCUCCUCUCUAAGGUGGACAUGAGUCCUGCAGACAUCCUGGGCGCUCUCUCCAAAGUCCAGGGUAGAGGCAGCCUCGGGGGUAUCUCUUCUCUUCUGAGCAGCCCAAAUGUUUCCUCAGUCUCGUCCAGUACAGGAAAAAUCCCUCCGUCAUCCACAUCCGCGUCAGCAGCACCCUCUCAGAGCCCGUCUCUCCCGUCUGUUGCACCUGUGCCUUCUUCACACAGCGCCACUGAAAGGCAGAGUCUGAGUUCCCAAGCCCCGCCCAAGACUUCAAAUGCAGCAUCUGCUCUGGUCCAGGCUCUCCAUCGGGACAUGGAUCUGACUACAGAGAAAUCACCGGCCUUGUCCUCGGAUAGCUUGGAGUCUAAAAUCCACAGCUUUCUGCAGGGGAACCCGGCUUUCAAUGCGUUUGGCAUUAGUCUUCCCACAAAGCCUGUGGCAGCAGCGGACAACCUCAGCCCCGUAACUGGGACAGACAACCAGGGCGGGACCCCAGUGCGGGAUGAGGGCGGCAGCACCCCAACUCAAGAUGAAAUAAUGGACGAGCCUGUGGUGGUCCCGUUCACCUCCAAGACAAAUCAGUCAUCGAUUGGAGAUACGGUUACCAUGGCUCCUGUAGCAUACCAGAACAGCAGUCAGCACAACAAUCCCCCACAGCAGGCCCGCCUGCAGCCGGGGGGGGGCCCUCAGAACGGGCAGGCAUACCAGCCGUACCCUUACGGCCAACACAACGUUUCGGAGCAUGGCAUGGCCGCCCCCGGUGCUCACUACCAGCAGAUGUCUGCACAAACAGGAGGGCCGGGGCCUGGAGGAAGACCCCCAGGUGGUGCCGGUAGCACACAGACAAUGAAAGGCUUUCAGGGGGGGAGUGAAAGCGGUUGGUAUGGGGACAGUUACCAAGGGGGGAACUCCCAGCAACCCAGAGGCUACAAUGUGACGGGGCCUGGAGAACACAACUCCUCGGGACUUUAUCCGUACCAAACAGAGACAUUUCGGGAACCUCAACAGUUGGCCCCCCAGCAGGGCGCCGCCACGGCCCCUGGUUACUUCAGAGGCACCCUCCCUCCUAUCCCAAAGCUCCCUCCCCCUCCUCGAGUUUUAGACGCCCCUCCUUCUGGGAACAGCAGUAUGAUGAUGCCACCAGAGCAGCAGCACCCGGGGCCCGGCGCUGGGACGGGGGAGGCAAUCGGGCCCCGAGGCGACAGUGUCAUCAGCGGGAUGAUCGUCCACGACCAUCAACACAAAUCCAUGUUCCAUCCUGAUGAUUCGCCCUAUGAACUCGACAGACCGCGUCAUCCUCACCCUGAAGACUUCCAUCCUCACCCUGAAGACUUCCAUCCUCACCCAGACAGACCCCUUCCUUCUCACCCGGAGGAUUUCCCCCCUCACCCAGACGACCCGGGUUACCAAGAUGACCCCCGCCAUCAUGAUCAUUAUGAUGCCCAUUUCUUUCAAGAAGACCAUUUCCCCCACCCAGAAGAUCCUUAUCACAGGCCAGGUAACCCUCCGCAGCACUACCCCAGAGUUCGAGGGCCCCCCGCUCCCCCUCACACGGCCUCAGAGGACCCUUACUACCAGGGCCACAGCCCCCGUCCUCCGCAAUUCGCUCCCAGGAGACCACCUCCACCACAUCAUCUUGAAAUUCGUCAUCCUGGACCACGGCCUCCACAUCGGCCUCCUCACCCAGCACACCACCCACACCCCAGAGGACCCCCAAAUGCAGCAUUUCCUCGGUUCCAGGGCCCCGGUCCAAGGUUAAGAGGCAAACGUCCUGGUCCAAGAGGAGGCGGACAUCCUGGUCCAAUGUUCCCCCCGAAAAGACCCUUUCAACCCCCACGGUACUGAGUGGGCAUGAAGCUCUGAGCUCUUAAAUUAAUGGAUGUCAUGAAGGCAGGGUCAGAGUUCCACACCUGUGAAAAUCUAGGUGGAUGAAAGAGCAGAGGUGGUCACCAGGAAUGAAUUCAGCUGAUACCAGAAGAGGGGUGAAGAAUAAAGCAGGAGAACAAGAGACACCAGGAGGCUCUGAUGGGGCUGCUGAGCGGAAGAGUGAAGACAGAAGAUGAAAGAAAAUAAGAGGUGGAUAUAUAUAUAUAUAAUUCACUUUUUGUGUUUUUUCCUCCAGUAUGAAGCAUUGCAUUAAAUAUGGAUUAGAGCGUCAUUUGAGUGUGUGCAUGGUAUGCGUGUGUGCAUGCGCUCAAGUGUAGGUUAACUCGUACCGGACGUUGAACUCGACGAUAGUUAUUUUUGCUAAAAGAGAAACAAAAGAAUGUAGUUGGUGCAAUGUUUCUGCUGUUAUAUAGUUUUUUCAGUGAGCAGUUUUGACUGCUUCUCUUCAAAUCAGCCGUUUCAAGUAGCUUUUGGUCAAAACUCAAUUUAAAUUAAAUCCCUUUGGGUCUGAAAUAUGUUAUAGAAUUUAUGUUCCUUCUACGAUUCUCGUUCGCAUAUUUUAAGCAAAACAUUUUUGCAUUGUUUCUACACCGAAUGAUAUAUAUUUGUGAAGCGAUGCUUUCUCCACCUGUGCGUGAGAUACCUGCGGCGAUAGUUUUUAGGUUUCGGAGAGCGGCUCAUGUCUACUCAAAGGAGGAGAGAGCUGUGAGUUUCUUUCUGCCUCCAACUCCGACGCAGAAGUGCAUUUUAGGAGGGGAUGAAGAAAAUCGUCUUCAGUUUCGUUUUACUUGUACUGACUAAUAAAAAUCUGAGUUUGAAAAAUG